AUGAAGGUGCCGGUGGCGCUGCUAGCGCUCUACUUCCUGCACGCGGUCUACAUGACGCUCCCUGGCACCGCGUACGGGGAGUGGCUCUUCGACGUCAUCCAUAUGCCGCCGGCCACCACGUCGCUCUACUAUGCGGUCUCUUUCUUCCCGUGGAACCUCAAGCCGCUCUACGGGCUGCUGUCCGACAGCGUGCCGCUCUUCGGGUACCGCCGCAAGUCCUACAUCUUGCUGUGCGAGGUGGUCGCAGCCUCGUCGCUGGUGCUCACCGCCGUCUACGUGCACUCCAUCGCCGGCGCCUUCGUCGUCAAGGUGGUGGACGCCGUGGCCGAGGCCUUCGCGCAGCUCAUGCUCGGCAUCUUCCUCGUGAAUCUCACCGCGGGCGACGCCACCAGCAGGAGCAGCGCCCACGUGCAGUCGCUGGCCAAUGGUGUCAAGAACGCUGCGUCCAUUGCGGCGCUCACGCUCAGCAUCCCAGUGUACCGAGACAAGAACAUCACGCCCCAGGAGAUCAUCGGAUGGACCAGUUUGCUGCCUCUCACAGCCGCUGGGGUCUGUCUGCUGGGGCUGCACGAGACGCCGGUGUACGAUACUGAUUUCAGGACUGAAAGUGAAGCGGACAGUCCUGCGGUGGACGACACAGUGCAGACGUCUACUACGUGCGGCAGUGUGGUGACGUCCUGGUGGCAGCCGUUCAAGCGCGACCUGCACCGCAAGGUGGAGCUUAUCAAGCCGGUCCUCCCGCCCAUGCUCUUCUUCUUCCUGUGCAAUGCACUACCGGACGACGGAACGGUCUGGUAUCAGUACUCGUUCUCGCUGCUUAAAGACCAGCGCGAGUGCUUGCAGUACAUGUCCCUCGCUGGCAUGGUCGGGCGGUUCCUCUCGUGCUUGGCGUACGCCAAGUGGUGCACCAACAAGAACGUCCGCAGCGUCUUCUUGCUGUCGACAGUGAGCUCUGUUGUUGCGGGUCUGCCGCGACUGCUGCUGGCUCCACCGGUGGCUGACCUUCCUGUGUCCGUGUGCACGUUCAGCACGACCGAGUCGUUCAUCACGUCCUUCACCUCCGAGUUCGCACUGCUUCAACUUCUGGUUGUCGCUACGUACUACUGCCCGGCGGACCCCGAAGUUCAAGGGCUCACGUACGCGCUGUUCCUGUCGUUCAUGGAUUUCGGCGGCGUCGUGUCUGGAGUCCUCUCUUCUAUCUUGGUGUCGGCGCUGGGCAUCGUUCCGGAUCCGACCACGAAGGUUGUGGACUGGAGCCAUCUUUGGCUGCUCGUGGUGAUCGCGGCUGUCAGUCAGCUGCUUGUCCUGGCGUUCCUUCGCGUAUUGCCAGAGAAGGUGGACACUUCAGAAAACACCAAGGUCGGUGGAGGCCGGGUCAAACUCAAGUCGAUUUCAAUGCUGUCGGACGAACCAGAGAAGCAGCCGCUGCUCUCCGAACCGGAAGCGUAUGCCGACGUCAGGGUUUGA